GAGCUUAUAAGCGGUAGUUAGCGGUAUGCUAUUUCAUAAUGAAAUGAGUUUCCGCUGAACAGAGUGACCUUGUUGCCGUCAUGCUGCAGAAUAACUGGUCAUAAAAAUCUCUAAAAAAAAUUGAAAAUAGCGGGUGAAAUGUUCACAGUUUGUAUUCACAGUGGAAUCCCGCUUUUUCGAACCUUCAAAAGAAACGAAAAUUGGUUCGAAAAAUCGGAUAGACUGAGAAAUCGGGGGUAAAAUCAAAGAGUUUGACUAAGGGAAACGACUUUCGGUUCGAGUUAUCGGGAGGUUCGAAAAACUGAGGGUUCGAGAAAUCGGGAGUCCACUGUAUUAAUUUUAACUAACCACUGACAGAAGCCUGGGCGGCUGAAAAGACAAGAAUCUAGAAUCGAAUUGUAUUGUCAUGAACAUAACAGUCAUUAUGUGAUACUAUAUAUAUCUAUGGCAUUAAUUCUGUCAUCACUGAUUAUUACGAAAUCUCAUGAGGUAGAUACAGAUGCAAGACUCAUCCACAUUUUUCUUUUUGUCACUUCUAGCUUGUUGAAGACCUCCUGGCAGCUCGUCUUGUCUGUGUUUAGUCAAACGGACUUACAGAAAUUGGAAUCUCCCACUAGUUUCACCACGGAUGUUGUGGCAGCUCUAUAUUUGAUAUUCUUGGUUUUGUCCGUUAUAAUGUUGAUCAACAUGUUAGUGGCUUUACUCAACCACACAUACGACAAUGUCAAGACCAAUGCAGAAGUUGAAUGGAAAUUUGCAAGGGCUGUUGUUGAAAAUCAAUACAGGAAUCUACAUUGCAUUGUUGUGCCGUUUAACUUGCUGACUGUUCCAAUCGUAUCGAUGUACUUCAAAGCCAACGGUAACUCUCGACAGGAGGACGCAGAUAAUCGACGGAAAGAGUACAGGACUUAUUACCACCAUCGUUUGUUUCCGUUAAUCACUGGACGCUACAAAAAGAAAUAUGGUGGAUCAUUUCCUUUGUCAGUUGAAGAAAAGAUUGACUUGAUGAUGGAAAAGUUACAAAUCUCACCUAGCUGCGUUGAAAGUGCCUUGGAGAAUCAAGUAAGUAAUAUUGUUUUUCUUUUAAACACUCAGUAAAAACAAAUAAAUGAUGUAGCUGCAAGACAAAAAUAAUGCUUUA